AUGCUCUCAAGUGGAGCCUCUGCGGCCAACCUCGUGGCCGCCAAUCGUCUCCUUCUGCACAGUAUCCAACAACAACAACAACAGCAGCAGCAGCAGCAGCAGCAACAGCACCACUUCAACCACGAGGAGUCUCAUCUCAAGUCCUCAACCCCGUGCAGUAACGGAGGCUCUCACCUGAGUGAACGACUUCACAACUCGGUUGAGUCCUCGAACCUCUCUAAUCUACUUCAGGAGAACGGGGACAGCGCCAAGGCCUCCACCGAUUUCAUGCGCUAUCCGCAGUUAAAGGAAUCGCCGGUAGCCGCUUCUCCAAGUCGACCAGAAGCUUUUUUCUCCUCAGCGCGGCGGGCCAGUGAUGAAUUGGAGGCUAUCAACUUGGCCAGUGGUGCCGGCCCGCCGGCCGAUGCCGCUGACCACGUGACAGAUCGCUUCUUUGAGCAACCCACUUUGCUUCGCUCACCGACCACACCGCAGAGCGAGGCACAACGUCUAGGCACGCUCGAACUGCCCGUCCUGACCCAACCCUCGCCCUCACUGGCCUCGAACUCCCUGGAGACGGCUGACACCUCGCACGUCCCCAACUAUCACACGAGUCUCGAUCAGUCUGGCUUCACCGAGAACGGUUAUAAUCUGUCCACGAAUUCCUUGCUCUCGCCCCUGAACAGUGAGUUUGACCCUAAAACUCAACGGCAAAACGCGUUAGCCCCAGCGAGGACGGAGGGAGACGACAGUGCCAACAUUGAAGAGGGGGGCGAUGUUGAUUCGGCGGUCGAAGUGAGGGAGGCCGCGGCAAAGAAUGAAGAUGAAGCAAACAACAGCAGUGCUUCUCGCCGCUUUAACCCCACCUCGCCAUCACAGGAGUCAAGGAGAAACAAGAAAAUGUGUGCUGAAGAGAGAGACGAGGGUUACAGUGAUGUCGGCUCCACAACCUCGGUGCCCGUCAAGUCUCCCAAGAGCAGGUAA